AUGUUUUUUCUCUUUUUAGAAGAAGAAAGUGAUCCUAGUGUAUAUGGAUAUUCAAACUAUGGUGGAUACGGAUAUGGACAAGGCUCCUCCUAUGGAAGUUAUGGAAAUGGGUAUGGAUAUAACGGUCACAAUGGACUAGGAUAUGGCGGAAAUAAGGUUUAUGGAGACCCCAGCUAUACAUACGGUCAUGCUGGAAGCAACUACGGAUAUAACGGAAACAGUGCUGGGUAUGGUGGAUAUGGUUACGGUUCAUACGGUGUAGUGUCUGGAAACUACGGUGGAAACGGCUACAGUGGUUACGGACACAAAGCAUAUGGUGACCCAACCUACUCAUACGGACUUGGAAGCAGUUAUGGCAGUUAUGGAAACUCUGGAUAUGGGAAUCAAGGAUUAUACGGUGCCGGAUACGGAAAUUACGCCGGACAUGGAUAUUCCGGAUACGGACACAAGGCAUAUGGUGAUCCAACCUACUCAUAUGGACUUGGAAGCAGUUAUGGCAGUUACGGAAACUCUGGGUAUGGAAAUCAAGGAUCAUACGGUGCCGGAUACGGAAACUAUGGAGGACAUGGUUAUGCCGGUUACGGUCAUAAAGCUUAUGGCGACCCAUCUUAUACCUAUGGAUAUGGUAAUUCCGGAUACACAGGUUAUGGAAGUACUGGAUACGGCAGCUAUGGUGGUUAUGGAUCAAACUAUGGUGGAUAUGGACAUAACGCUUAUGGAGAUGAGGAAUAA